UGAGGCAGAGGCCACACGUUCCUACAUACAAGGGCAGUGCGAACGCUGUGGACGGCACCAUGCCAACUUUAGGCAACGUUCAAACGUUUGGAAAAUAUUACUUACACCUAAAGAUGCUGCAUCAUGCUGUGUAAACUCUCCUGUCAUGGAUGACGUAGAGCACAGUGUUGUAAUAGCAGAGCGAGACUGGGAGAGUUUCUAUGAGGAGAGUGAGGAAUGCUCUAUUCAACAGGCAUGGCUUGCAAGCCUGGAUGAUUCAGGCUUCAGUGACACUGAUGAUGAGAAAAAUUCCACCCAAGGGCCUGUUUUAGAUUUCCAAAUCAAGCCUGAUAAAUCAAACGAGGAGCCUGAUGCUGCAGCACUGACACAGAGUGAAGUUGAUGACUGUAAAGCUGAAAACACCUUAGAAGAACCUGAAAGUUAUAAAACAGACAAUGAGAGACCUACUGAGCAAACUGCAGAGAUCAAUCUGAAUGAUGUUCCAACCGCAUAUGCAUGUCUGACCUCAGAUAGCAGUGUAAGUGUUAAUGACGCCAGUCUGACUGAUCAGCAACAUACUGCCUCAGAUAUAAAGGAUUUGAGAGAGCAUGACGAAAGUCACAGUGAGGGUAAGCCAUGUCAGGCCAUUGGAGAGCCAAACACAUCCUUCCCAUGUAUUCAGCAUGCCUGGCAAGUUGGCAGCUCAGAAGGAGAAAGAGCUUUGAAGGUUUCAGAAAGUUCAGCAACUCCAACAAAAGAGAAAGAACGGUGGUUUGUCACAGUAAAUGACAGUCCGGUAAUGCAAAGAGUAAAGUCUGGCCAAAAAAAAGUAAGAAAAAAAAAAACCUCGAGGAAAGUAGUCCAACAGAGCAUAGUAACAGAAAGUCAGUGCUCCGUCUCAAAUAAUAAGAAAGAAGAAGUAUUAAUGAAAGAUGUACAAAUUUUACAGAAUGAAUUUAUGCAACCUCUCCAAACAUAUUGUGAAAGCGUUUACUUUAAUCCACGUCCUAACCAUUUUUGUGAAGAGGUUAUUUUAGACUCGUGUAAUAAUCAGAAGGAAGUUUUAUCUCUCAUGAAAGAACCUGAAAAGGAGGCCUUUGAAAAACCUUCUACUCCAAAAAUUAACUGCGCUUCAGAAGCAUCAUCAUCAUUUAUUGCUGAAGAGGAAAUCUUAAGUUGCGCUUUUAGUUUUAACUGCAAAGACAAUUCAGAUGUUCCAACAGAAACCUUCGAAAACAACCCUCCUGCUUCUGUGACUCCCCCUUCCCCGUUAACACUCACAGAUGUUGCACUAUUACAGACUGAUGCGCUAAUAAAUGACCAAAACAUCACCAACAAACCCAAUAGUAACACACAAGUCACCAAUCCAGAUCACCCGAUGACCAACAAUUUAAGCCAUAAAAGUCAUGAAGAUACUCAAGACGAUGGUUCUAGAUUCAUUCUGGAGGCGUGUUCAACAACUACUCCUUUAGAAAUGCUCCAAGAGAAAAAGCCUCUAAAACAAAUGCAGGAAGAAUUGAAACUGCCCUCCCAGGAGGCACAGAAUGAUGGAUCACGAAAGGAAAGUCUUGAAGCGGCUGUUGGUCCAAACUGCCCAAUAUAUGCUCUUUCAUCUUUCUGGGAUGAAAUGGAGAAGUUGACAAUAAAGGACAUUUUACAUCUUAGAUCAGCUCAUAACAGGUCUCCUAUGAGUGGAAGUGUAGUUACUGAGGAGAGUGAUGUUGAAGAUAAAAAUCUGCUUCCUUCUAAACAGGACAGGGGACAAGAAAGUGGCUUGAUGGAUGACUCGGCAGACUCUGACUAUUUCACGCAUGUAGAGGAGUCUAAACCAGACUGUUCAAGUUGUGAACUCUCUGAUUUUGAUGAGGAAUUUCUACAAAUACUUAACAGAAGUGGAAACCAUAGUCCUGAGCCUCAACAUAUUAAAGAACAGACUGAACAUUUUAAUUCUACAUACAUCCCAGGCCAUGAAUUUGUUCCAGAUAAUGAAUGUGAAUCUCUAGACAUGAUACAACUGAGUCAUCAGAAUGAAAUCCCAGAUUAUUUGUAUCCAGUCACAGAGGCACCAAGUUUAUUUCUUACACCUAGUCAGGAUAGUAAUGGAAACCCUUUUGAACUGGACGGAAUCAAGAAAACACCUGUUUUAUCAUUUGAUAAUUCAGCAGACAAUCAAUCCAUGUUAACCUUUUCUGAGAUUUUGACGAAGGACAUUAAUGGAUCUGGUUCCUCAGACAGACACAGCAGCACUGUUGUCUCAUUUCCAUUCGCACAGAACUUGUCAGUAUGUGAGAUGUAUGAUGAUUUCUUCUCAGACUUUGAGAUUGGGAAUUUUUUCUUUCCUUCAACCCAAGAUAAGACUGUUCCUAUCUUCUCUGCUUCACGCUCAGUGGUGAGAGAUUUGAUAGUCCCGAAGGUGGAGGAACUUGAUUUUGACCCAGAUUUUGAAGAAGAUAUUAAGCCAGGAAGGGACAUUACUUGCUUCAGCAGCCAGCCAGACAUAUCUACUAGUCCCUCAGGAAUGCCAAACCUGUUCUUUUCCAUGAGCCAAAGAGGAAACUGGAGUAGUCUUUUCUCUCUCAGAAGAACCAGAUUUAUAGAAAAAGGGAGCACCUGGCACAACAAAGUCAGCUCUUGGAUUUUCCAAAAAGAAGCAAGAAAGGCAACAUCAUACAUUUCAAGAACCCAAAUGAUGCAGAACAAAUCCUUCCUACAACUGGUAGAGCCGCAGAAACAUGCUGUAUUUGUUUCAAAAAAAGAAGACUUUAGCUUUUCUAUAACGCAAGCAGAUAUGUGCCUGGUUUGUAUUGCCUUUGCUUCCUGGGUAUUAAAAUCCUCUAAUUCACAGUCUACAGAUAUGUGGAAAGCAGCUCUCCUGGCAAAUGUUAGUGCAAUCUCAGCCAUCCAGUACUUGCGGAAAUAUGGAAAAGGACAAAACUCAAGAUGAUCCAUGAUGUCUUUUCAAAAAGUUCUCAGAAGGGGCCAGUUAAAAAAAAAAAAAGGGGGUUCAUUUUGCACAAAUUUAAACCAAGUACAAUGUAAAUACACAACACAUGUGUCACCUACUAGGUUGUAGGUCAUAUACUGUACUUUAGUUUACCAGAAAUUUACCAAUUUUGAAUUGAUAGCAAACAAGAUAUAGGAAAUCCAUUGUUUUCUGCCAUUCACUUUAUUGUUAAAGUGAAAUUUAUUCAGACAGACAGAGAAAUUAGGUUGAUAUGGACCAGAAGAGCACUCACAGGUAUUUGCGUCAGAAAUAUUUUCAAGUGAAGAUCUGCUGAGCAUUAGCAUGUUGUGGAUAUACUAGUGAGUAACAGAUUUUUGUUAACAACAACAACAGUGAUGAUGAUGAUGAUGAUGAUGAUGAUGAUUGUGAAACAGAGAAUUUUCCCAGAGAACACUGGUUCAGUCUGGGGUUUUUUGUUUUUUUUAACUUUUGCAAGCUGAAACAGUUUCCUGUCAGUUGAUUUUCUGUUCUUCUUGCUUGGCCAGGAUACAUUUGAAAAUGUCCUUCUCCGGUUGCUUUUCUCUACAGACAUUUCAAACAUUUCAGGAGAUCGCAUGUCUGUUCUGAGUUUUUAAUUUUCUAACAGUGGUGACGAUUGUUACAGUUGUAGGGAGGAACUGGGUAGUGAUUUUUUUUAAACUACAAAAUUCAGUCAGAAUUAUUUCAUAAGGUUUUUUUUUAUUAUUCUGACAAAUUCCUGUCGUGUAAAUUAUGAAACCAUGAGCUUCAGCACCAAUGUACCCCAAUUACAUAAUAUUCGACUGCAUGAAGCUUAAGUAAAAUUCAUGAAGUGCAAAAUCAUGUAAAAGAAAAUAAAAUUGUCUUAUUAAUCAUCAGUAACAUUUUGUUAAAUUAUGUUAAAGGAAAACUCCACCUUGAAACACAAAUAUGUUUACAUUUAAACAUUUACAACAUGAUUAGUGAUUUUCGUGCAAAUUUGUUGGUUGCUGCUGUAUUAUUGUUAUUCCUGUGAGAAUUUUUGUUGUUGUUUGUGCUCUAAUGUCAGGGGGCACUGAUAAUGCAGUUACAGUGGAGCUUAAUAGGAGAAAAUUUUUCAAAAAUCUCAAAAGAUCUUUUCUCACUCACCAUUUUUACUCACCAGUGACGUACAAUGGCAUAAUAAUGAGAAGUCCAACACCAGUGUAGUGGAGACUGCAAACUGAACUCAAAAGGUCCAAAACUGUGAUGCAGUUACGUUACACAGACGUGUUGAGUUAUAGUAGAGAAUCAGCUCAACUAGUUAGCAAUCUACAAGAUGACAAGCACAAUGGUGUUGAUGGCGGUAUUAACAGGAAAGCUGAAGGUUUGAAAGUUGAUCUGUUUGAGCAGAGUGCAUGGAUGAGAUGAUGAGCGAGCGUGACAGACUAAAUCAUUAUACAGAUUAAUAUGCAAGUUGUUCAGGGUGGAUUUUUUCUUUAAAAGGACAGAAUAUGUAAUAUUGUGUACUAUCACACAAGGUUAUAUUUUUAAUCAAACCAUUCAUACUGUACAUUCAAUACACACUUCGUAAAAGGUUACUUUCAGUAUUCACUGGUUUAUUGUAGAAAAUACUGUCUUUUGACUGUUGUGUAAAGAAAACAUUUUGACAUCAGUAGUUUAUGAGUAAUGUGGUUAAUAGUUCUAACUGAUGUCCAUUGAACACAAAUAAUGACACUUCACUAGUGGUCACAGCUAGCUUUAUAUUGUUACUUAGACAUAAUACUUUAUCCAGAGAUAUAUGACAUGGUGUCAAUUAAUUACUUAUUUGUUAUUAAUACAGUUUCAUUUGUAUUGCAAUAAACAGUCCAAAAACUAGUCUCUCUCUACUGUUAUAUACUGAUAAGAGUGUUCCCUCUAAGAUAUACCUUAAAAAGAGGAGGUUAAAGAAAAGCUAUGAUACAGUAUUUAAAGCAUGCACUUACUGCACACGGGUUCUUUUGCCUUUUUGAGUCCAAAUCUAACAUUAAAACACUCAUUUACACGUCAUAUAUUAUUUAAUACAUAUACUAUGUACAGUAUUAUAGAGUAGGUUUCAAUAAAGUUUUAAACUUUAAGCUAUAUUGUGGAUAUUCGCGAUACUGGACAGCACCUUGCAGAUACUAAAUACAUCUAGUGCUUUAGCACAGCAACAAUAUUACAAUAGAUUUUAUUUUUAACAGUAAAAACUGCUAAUAGUCAUGCAACAAAAACAAGGUCAAUGUGCUUGGGAAAAAAUGUAUUAUUUCAUACAAUACCACAAAGUAGGGCAGAGUCAUAAGUGCCGAAAGGAAGUAAACUGAUUCUGUACACGGUUCCUGCAGAGAACAACAACCACCACCCUGAAUUCAGAAAUCACCCCAUAGUCCACAGUGUAUGUCAACCAUUUCAAGGCUGCUUGUCUCCCUCUUUCUUCAGACGGCUGUUGAGCAGAUAAGAGGACAUUUUUAAAUAUUAGAACAGGCCCAUCAAACUUUAGACCAGAAUAAAAUAUACAAGCCAACAUAAUAUAGAUCAUAUUACCUAUAUUAUAAAAUACAGACCAUAUUGUGUCGAGUUCUGUUGAAGUGACUUUUGUCUUUUGAGAUGAUUUUAAAACAACAUGUUUGAAGUAACAGGUUCAUUUCGAUUUAUUUAUUACCCUCGGAUUAUUUUGUUUAUUGAAGGAAUGUUUUCAAAUAAAAUCUUUAGAAAUCGGUACUUGUUU